AUCACCCUUGAACCUGAGGGGGUUUGUGACAUAUAUAGGCCUAGUCAGCAUGAAUUCUCAUGUCAAAACAAACACAAGUUAUGAGCGUAAACCGCAGUAGUAAACUUAUGUAACAACGGGGCGACCUGUGGCUUCAUAAAUAACACAAAAGGUAGGCUGAAAUUUUGUUGUAAAUCGUCUGCAAAGGCGAUUAUCGCAUUUGUUGGUGAACAAGCAAGAGAUGAGCGUCACUUUAAAAAUCAAGCUUGCAGAACCAAGGGCCACAGAAAGCUGCAGAAAGACUCAUAAAAUCAUGGCGACCGAAAAUACCUUCAAAGCUGAAGACUUGGAUCGUCAGUUUUUGCAGUGUACACUUUGCCUCGAUCGCCUGACAAAACCUAAAGUGCUGCCAUGCCAGCACACUUUUUGUGAAGGAUGCUUAGAAUUAUGGGUUGACAGGAAUGAAGGAUUGACAUGUCCUGUGUGUCGCAAGGAUUAUCCGCUACCUGCAAAUGGUGUCGUUGGUCUGCCAGAUAAUUUCUUCAUCAACAAUAUAAUUGAUUUCAUCUCGCUCAAGAAAGAAUGCGAGGAAAAUUCCACAGCGUGCCAUGGCUGCGAGAGGACGGCAUCGAACUACUGCACUGUCUGCUUGGAGUUUUUGUGUAGCGACUGUGGGAGCGCACACCGUCGCUUACGAUUGACCAGAAAUCACAGAGUCCAGUCAAUGGAUGAGUACAGGAGCUCACAGGCAAUGCCGGCAGCACGAAUUAGAAUCCUCAGCCCAGAUCACUGCCCAGAUCAUCCCGAAUAUGAGAUACAGUUCUACUGCCAGACGUGCGAGCGCGUCAUAUGCCGAAAGUGCUGCGCAACGUUGCAUCCUCUUCCUGUCCACAGGCAGCUGUCUAUUGAAAGUGCCGCCGAGAGUCGGCGGUCCUACAUGACUAGCAUGAUCGACAAAGCGCAGAGCAAAGCUCAGAAAGCCAGUGAAACGCUUUAUGGGUUGCGGAAAAUAAAAGAGAACCUUGAUGUCAGUCGUGAAAAACACAUCAACAAAAUCCGGCAACGUAAAGAAUUUCUAACUGGAGUUAUUGAAAGACACGAGGAGAAAAUGAUGGACGAGUAUAACGAUUUCUUCAAUGAGCGUAGUUCAGAAAUUGAAGAGGAAAUUAGUAAGUUCGUGGAGAUAGUUGACGAGAUAGAUAGUAUUAACAGUGUAACAGAGAGUCUUCUGGAAGGUGGUAAGGAGGUCGCGCUCAUGACACAGAGUUUACAGAGUACCGUUAAACUCCAACGCGUCUUGCAGACUGACGUGGAGACACAAAUAACCGAUGAACCUUCGAUCGGAUUCGUUGCCGGCGAAGAUGAUUUAAAUGAAUCCGAAAUAUUCGGAAAGAUUGAGAAAAAUGAAACAAAAAUAUACAGAACCGUUUUCAAUUCUGAGGCACCGCCGCCACAGGUUGUUGCUGUUGGUGAAAAUGUACAGUUUACAUUACAAAUGGACGAUCUUGUCGAAAGAAAUGAAAUAAAUGCUCAACCGAUACCAGUCUCUGCCAAACUCUGUUCACCGACUGGCGAGGUUGGAAUCGCUCGCGUAAGCAAUAAAGAUAAUGGCAACUAUGAUGUAACAUUCCGCCCGAUAAGCGAGGGACGCCACCGUCUUAUCCUCUCCGUUCUUGGGCGUCAACUCAGUGAAAGUCCUUAUUACAUUGACGUCUCGUCGUCGACGACUCAUCGUCUUAAAUUUGGCGAUGGAGAUGGUGGUGACUCGGGAUGUCUUCGGGAGCCCUGGGGCGUGUGCAUGUUUGGUGAAAAACACGUCUUAAUAGCGGACACAGGGAAUAACGCAAUCAGAAUUUUCGACAUUGAUGGACGAUAUAAAACACACCUCUGUUUUCCAAGUUUAGAGAAAAAUCUCGAACCGACAGAUAUCGUUACAACGGGUGACGGUGUAAUUUACGUAUCGGAUGCAGGUAACUGUCAGGUUAUUGUCUGCGAUAUCGAGGGACAUUUACUAGGUCGAUUUGGUAAGAAUGUACUCAAGAAACCAUGUGGUCUUGCCCUCAGUCUCAGUGGUAAUGUCUGUGUCGUCGAUCACGAACUUCACACAGUGAAAGUGUUUACGGCCCGCGGACAACAUAUUCACGAUAUCGGAUACAACGGCAACGGUCGAGGGCAAUUCCGUGGACCCUUGUCAGCUACAGUUAACACAAAAGAUGAGCUAAUCGUGUCAGACCGCGAAAACCAUCGGUUGCAGGUGUUCAACAAGGAUGGACACUUCUUGAAAGAACUCAUAUUAUCCCAGGACGGCGAGGCCCUGAAAUAUCCAAGUGGCAUUUGUACGGAUAAGGACGAUAACUUGUACGUUUGUAACGAUUGGAAUAAUCGGAUCUUGAAAUUCACCUCUGAUGGAAAUUUCAUUUGCCGUAUUGAUAACGAAGUUGACAGACUGAAGUAUCCCAAUGGUGUGUGUAUUAGCAAAGACGGCAGUAAGUUAAUUGUGGUUGACUACGGAAACGAUUGUGCCAAAUUAUUUGACUUGUAAUUCUAAUAAAGUAAGCCAAUGAUUUUAGUUCUCGUCAACAUACGGUACACGUGCGCACGGCAUUGUACACAUCAUUAUAAAUCCAUGGGCUGUAACAUUAAUAUAACUAGUAUUUACAUCAGUUACUAUUGUAUUAAUGAUGUCGAAAUGAAGGAUAAUAUGAAAGUCUAGGAACAGUGGUACACGUAACAGGAAAGACACAAACGCUUUUUAGGGGGAACGUUCUUGGAAACAUUUAUGACAAAGUAUAAUGCAAGACACAUAAAGUCUUACAAAUGACGAUGAUGAUUGUAUAUCAAAAUAGUUAUAAUAAUUGCACAUCAAAUUACAAUUCAAGUAUAAGUAAGUCGAAAUACAGAAUUACAUCAUAAAAGCUGCGCACAUUAGUCUCUAGAGCAUACAGACAGACAGAAAGGUUUUGAGAUGUAAAUUACCAAAGCAUGAAACUUGGCAUAAAAUAUCUUUGUCAUCUGUGCAGAUUAUUAAAAGGAUACGGUAAAUGAAGACAUAAAACAUGGAUUGUAUUUAUAUACUGCGAGACCAAAGUAAUUUAUUUUCGGAAAAAACGCGGAACGUUUUGCAUUAUGUAAGAAAUUGUACAAUUCAGCUUCGAUGAAGCAUGAGGAUAUCUUCUGGUACGGUACUUCCUGAGUAAACAAAUAGGCAGAUUUUUCGAACUAAAAACGGACGUAAAUUGAUGGUAAACAUGUUUCGGGCGCAUGCCUACUCUUCAACCCAUCUUCAGUACAAACACACAGAAAACAAACCAAAACUCGCCAUUCUUAACUACGAGUAUAUAUACUCUACAGAACUUAAAAAUGAAUAUUAAUAAGCUAACUAAAUGUAUUAUCAAUUAAGGUAAUGAACGAUCGUAAUUGAUAAGUAUAUGCAAGGGUCUAUGGAACACCUUGCCUACAUUAGUACUGCAUACUAAUUAAAAAGUUGUAAGGUUAAAUGUUUGAGUUGAAAGAAAGAAGAAGAAGAAGAAGUUGAAUGUUGACAUUUGGACUGUUCCAUUUAACAGUUAUUGGAGGGCUUAAUGGGUUAAAGUGAAUAAUGGAAAAGCGCUUUGGAUGCACCAUGUGUUCUAUUUCUCUAUGUAUCAAAAAUCGAAACACAGGACAGGAAUGAAUGUGUAUAAUUCCUUGAGAUACUUGUUGCUAUUUGAAACCAGAUGAAACUAUUUACCAGGACAGGAAUGGUUCCCCAGAACAAAAAAUAUAGGCCUAUGUCUGAAGCUUUGUCCACACUAUCAAAUAAAUGUGACAUGCCCAUAUUUGGGUUAUAAUAUGUCAUCAUCAUGCCCAUAUAUGGGAACAUCAUACACAUUUGAUAGUGUGGACAGGGCUUUAUUGUCUUGGAUCCUAAACCUCUGUUUACACUAUCUACUACUAAAAGUACUAUGUUAAGUACACAUAAAUAAUUUAGAAAAUUUAAACUGAGUUUGCACUUUAGUUUUACACCUAAACUAUUUUUCGAGAAAUAUUUAGAAUAAAAAUAACAUAAAAGACACAAAGACCUUAUUAUCAUCACGUUUGCUUUUCGAAACAAAACUAUUCGGGAUUAAGUUGAAGGUUGCCAUUAAUGUCUAUGUUAAGUUGAAAAGGUGAAAGAACAAUCUUUUCAUCGUAUAUCAAGUAAAUUCAAUCGACACGUCGCUGUAUAAUAUGACAGAUGAGAUUUAUCUCUCGGAAUGACCUGAUCAUAAAUCCAACCCUAAUAAUAUUUCGCUGAGGCGACCUGUUACUAACUACAAUACAUGUAUGUAACGUUCAACGUUAUCUUCCUCAUAUUUGUUCAUGAAACUCUUUUAUGUCUAUAGGAAAUUAAUAAAUGUUACCGGUAUGGAAUUAACCAGAAUAGUUUUUUAUACACUUUUUUUAAUUAAGAAAAAUUAUAAUACUGCACGAUUAUUAACUUUGAACUACGUAAAAAUUCAAUAAAAAAUUAAAAGAAUAAAUUAGGUUGUUAACGAUAAAUAAGACAUAUAUCAAAACAAUUCAGUGUUUGCUGGUGUACAGACAAAUAUCUACGUUAUUCCUAGAACGAUUACCAGUCGAUUUAGGGGUUUAUGAUAAGAAUAUAAAAAAAAAUAUAGGCAUAUUAUUUAUGCGUCUGUUAAUUGCCGAGAAAUAUUUUUUCGCUGUGAUCUCGAUAAAGAAAAGAAUCACAUAAAUAAGCUAUAGAAGCAAGACAGACACCCAUUUAUAUGUUUUAGGUUUUAUAGCCCAGCAGACAGUAGGCCGUACAAUUUUACAUUGUUUGUCUUCAAUAUUUAACAUGCAGUGUUUAACCAUCAGGACCAGGGAUAUUAAACAACGUAAGACAGGGAUCAUAAUUUUUUUUAAAUCAGAUAAUAGUUUUCCGCUAGGUUAAAUUAUAAUACUCUAUACACAGUGGGCCGUUCCACGAAGCAUCACCCCUUUGAUAUUGUUGAUACGGACACAUACGGCAGCGUAUAAGCAUACAUAAACAAGUGCGUUUGUUUGUGGGACAUGCGCGUAAUCCCGUGCAUUAACCGUCACCGUCUGUCAAGGUCCAUUUUUAUUGACCAUUUAUAACAUACAGCUUGAACUUUACCUUUUAAAAUAAAACCCUUCACUAUAUGUGCGCAUGUUCAAAAGUAUAAUACGUGAUAAAAUGGAUAACAGCCUCAUUAAUGUUUCUACAAGGAAGAGAAUAGUUUGGAAGUAAAUUAUUGGCAGUUCAUAUACUGUACUAGACGUUAUAGUAAACAUGUUUACAGUUAAUGAAAAUAACAAAUGCCCUCGAAUCAUGCAAUAUAAGAAAGACUGAUCUAUACUGAGACAGUUGAUGAAUCCGUGGCUACCAGAACAUGUUAUGUAUAAAUGUGCCAAAACAGCACCUUUAAAUCUGGUAAAAGCACGUGUUAAUCUAGUGACAGCACUAUUUAAUCUAGAGACAGCACUUCGAAGUCUAGGUCAGAACUGAGUCGAUUUUUUGUUACAAGCGUUUACUCCUACGUCAUCAAACGUAAAGAUCACUAAAAAAAAAGAAAUUUAUUGUUUUGUUUUGUACUAUAUUAAUUUGUUCUAAUAUCAAUUGUAAGUUAAUAAUAUCCUUAAAUUUACCAAAAUAUUAAUUCUCAUGCUCUGGUGGUGCUAUCAGGUGGUGGGGGAUAGUCGAUUUUACAUUUGUCAAGGCUUCACUCCUACGUCAUCAAAAUUAAAGAUUACUAAAAAGGGAAAUUUGCUGGAGUUGAAUUCUUCAGUUAGCAGAAUCCAAAUGUUUUGUUUUGUACUGUAUUACUUUGUUCUAAUUUCAAUUGUAAGCUAAAUGUUGUAGUUAAAUCUUACUGAUGAUUUGAUCAGGUGGUGGCAGUACCUACCACCUUUAAGUUCAGUCCACAUUUUGAAAUAUGGCAAAUACAUGUGAUUUGCCCAUAUUUAGGUGUGAUAUGUCAAUAUAUAGGUGUGAUAUGUCCAUAUAUAGGUGUGAUAUGACAUCAUUAUGCUAUAUAUGGGCAAAUCACAGAUAUUUGUUUGAAAAUUGAUAGUGUGCACAGAGCAGUACAAAAUUAUAUUGUUUUUAAAAUUUUUUAAAAUAUAUGAAUCCAUGAAAGAUAUCCAGUGCACAACGUUAAUGUCAUUAUUAUGAUCUUUAUUAUAUAACCACAAAAACAUAGUAAAUAUUUCUUCUGUAAAAUACUUAAAAAUAAAUUUAAAAUAUCCUUAAAACAAUCUUGUUUAUUUCACAAGAACAAAAUUUUACAAUAUUCUACCUAAAAUUUGCUCUUGUGAAAUUUGUGUAGUGUUCAGCUUAUGGAAGCAAUACCUCUGCUGGUUAAAGUGGUUUGAAUGCAAUUCUAAAUAAUUUACAUGCGUAAGUACACUUUUUCGCAACUUGUUUUAAACAAGAUCUCUGUGCAUCUAGAUGAUCAAAUUGCUUAGUGCUUCUCUUCUUUAUGAUUAUAUUCCUUAUUAUAAUUAAAAAUAUGACAAAAUUUUUUAGCUAAUGAGUUAUAUUGGGCACAAACGUUAUUCAUAAAUUGCAGCACCAUGGUAAUAAAUAUUAUGAAAUGAAAUGGUUAUUUAAAUUUGUUAUUCUUACAGAGAAUUAAAAAAAAAAACAUUUUAAAACAUCUCUAAAUAUUAAAAUAAAGAACAUAUUAAUUUUCUUUUAAUUA